AGCGCUCCACCACUGUUUCACUCUGUCAGAUCUACUGUUCCUGUAGUAAGAGAGGGAGAAGAGAAAGUGGAAAGAGAGUCGCUUUCAGACUUGUUUUGUUUCUGUUGCGGGCUGUCGUGCGUUGAUAGUCGUGAUAAACAAACAAGCGCAAGGUGGAUUGUCUACAUUGGUUGCGAGUUUUUUUCCGCGCCGGGGAGAGGGCCGAAGGAAAAAGCGGCUGCGCGAGGAUGCUUCUGAAACACAAUUCGCUUUAUUAUUUCUCCUCGAGGAACCCAACAUGAGAUGGCGCAAGGAAGCGACGGCCGCGGGAACGGUGCGGAAGCGGAAGUCGAAUAAGAAUACUUAGACCGCCACCAUGGAGGGAAAGGAUAUUCUAUAAAUUUUGUGGUGUCCGCCCUGUCCCUCCCGCCCCUGCCUGCCUCUACUUGGAAUUGGUCCGGCUCCGGGAAUAAAACAUACUAAGCGAGAGCCGGGUAGUUGCUCCCUUGGUAUCGGUAUGUAUUUCGGGUAGGGACACCAGCAUGCCGAUCCCAUUCGCGAAGCGAAUCCCGACGUACUACCAACUGCGGCGCGAAUGCUUUAGAUACACGUCGAGGAGUUUUUGCUUUUGACGACGGAUAUAGAUUCUCAAAGAGGAGCCGCCACUCGAAGUUUAAGGAGAACGAAGUUGAGUUUACUUACUUAUAUUGCGAAACCGAGUUCUGGUUCCGUUUCGCGUGCGGGGUACGCUGGUGCCCAGUCUGGUUUUGUGCGGUUCGGAGAUAGUAGUUCGCCGCCGGACCAGGACCAUCCGACAAAAUGUCGUUCUAUGGCGUUCUCAAACGUUACAUUGUCAACUGUUGCAUGAAUUUGUGAUGCAAGAAUGGCAAAACUGAAAGGGGGAAGAUUGCGCCUCUUGCGUGACAGAUUUGGCGCAGAUUCUCAUCCUGUUUGUCCCUUCGGGAAUUUGUCAUGCGAAGCAGCUUGGUCGUGUCAAUUCUGAUUGGAAUUUUGCAUGACAAAUCAGGCCUCGGGGGUUGGGUUGGGCUUGGGGCGCCAGGCGUAUGGACGGCUUCGCAGCUACGUCGUGAUCGACAAACUGAGAUCGACGAUAAUAGUUGCGUUGCUGGUCCUGUGCCAGUCGCGGGGCAUGUUCGGGUGUUCCGGGCUGUGCUUUGUGCACCCCUCGGACCCCGCACCCCCCCGGGCUCGGUAGCGCAGUCUGUUAAGCAUGACAAAUCAGGCAACAGCUGAGAAUGUAACAUUUGAGAACGCCAUACGUUCGACAUGGACAUCCAUCGGCUGGAUUUCCUCCAGCUGGGGCCCAUGAACCGAAACACGCUUGUAUCUUUCGCAAGAACAGCACCGCAAGAAGCUGGACAUUGACUCUAGCAUCUAUUGUAGCUGUAGGAAGGCAUUAGUUACGUGCCUACUUGCCCACCUUCUAUCCAGGUUCACUCGGAGUCUUCGACCCAUACCUACGUGCAUGAUAUGCAGCUUUGGAGGAACUCCUGGUCACUGUUGAUGUUGGUUGUACAUGUACUAGGCUACGACCUUUGGCUCCUACGGACGUACUUGCAUUUUUGUUUCUUGCUUCUUGCGGAGGUUGCUCUGUCUUGAUAGCUGUGUGUGCUACCUCUGGCGAAGAAAAAGCAACAGAAAGUGUGCGUAGGCGACGACUCCGGUGUGCUGACGGUGUUUUACCUAAAACGAGGCGAGACACAAAUCGAAUGGAAGUCGCAGAACCUCGGGCGGGAGAUCACCAAAGUGGUCCUGCAGUCCGGCCGCGACAAGAUCUUUGCUGCCUGCGGCCAAAGCAUCCAGGGCUUCACGCGAAAGGGAAAGGAGUUUCUGAAAAUCAAGACCAACCUGACCGAAACCAUCCACCAUCUGUUCGCGGACGACACCACCAUAUGGACGGGCGGCGAGUACAUCAUGAAUUUGUACGACAACUGCCGGGACGCGGGGUUCGUGAUGUGCCCCGACCGAAUAAACGACCUCCUGUGCGCACCAGUUUCGACUGAGUGCAGUCUUUCCUCCAUUCUCGCGUUCCAGGACAAAUUCAUACGAGGUAAGACGUAUACUUAGAGGUUGUAUAUUGUUCGACCGCUUAGUCGUGCGUACUUAAACUUUCUUAAAGUGAGUCUGCCAGGGAGGGCUUCUAGCGUCCUCGACCAAGCUACGUAAACGUGGCAUUCCGACACUCCCAGUUCCAUUUUGUGACACCUGAUCAAUAUCAAUAUCUGACUAUUAUCAGUGUACGCUGGCGAGCGUAUGCUCCACGAAUUCGCGAGCGGGGCUGCCGCAACUGCGCUCGGGUUUUACGACCGUUCGGAGAUUGAAAGCCGACCAGCGGGCAGCCAGAAGCAGGUUCAUUGUAUGUUUGGGACCGACGCAGGAGACGUGGGGGUGGUGGCUGUCGACGAAGGGCAAAUGCGGGAAACUUUUCGACUGAAGAAAGGCCGCAGCGCUUCCGCGGUCACGCACGUGUGUUGCGGCGACAUUGGCCGCAGCGGUGUGUUGGAUUUGUGUGUCGCACGGGAGGACGGCACGCUGGAAAUCUGGAACUUGUCGGGACAAGACGCAAACCAGCUAGAUCCCUCGGCCUGCCGGCUUAUGUUUGAAACGCAACUCGGAGAGUGUGUCCGAUCUUUGGACGUGGGCACCGUCGCACUUGGAGAGUAAGAGUUUUGCUACUUUUCGUGCUUUACUUUACUGAACUUGGCUUUGUUUUCGGCCUUCUUGACCUUGAGCAUUUGCGGCAGUGUCAGUGUGGGUAUGAUUUUGUCCGAAUGCGAACUAUAGGUACAAAGAUCUCGUUGUAUCGACUUACUCCGGGAAGGUGCUUGGAUUUACUGCCGACCCUGCGGCGCAGGACGCUACAGGAGCUCAAAUGGUAGACCUCUGCCCCGAAGGAGGGGCCAAUCCUGCAGGUGAGACUUUUCUGGCUCUGCGCUUUACCAACUACCGUGUGGCUUACCUUUCGAUUCUUGUGCACGCCGAAGAAUGUCAGUGAAGAAGCGGUCGGAGCACUAGCUCAAUGAAAAAAGGCAUCUUGCACAGUGAAUAUGAGUCUCCGUCCCUGUUUUUGAAAAUUGAUUUAUUUUUUUUCCUCGAUGGUCUCAAAAUAUUUAUCUACCAGCUGCAACUGCUAAGCGGGAAGCACUGAAUACUGGCGGGUCACCGACACUCGACGCGAGCGUGGCGAGCACGAAGGACAAGCGGUUUAAGCAACUGAAGCAGGAAGUCCAGAAGCUGAAGACGGACGUAGACGCGCAGAGGAGAAAGUACGAGCAGGAGGUCUCCCGCGAGGGCAUUGCGGUGACCGGGAGCCACGCCAAGGUGUCGCACAGCUUCAAACUGAAGCCGGAGGACGCGUGUUACCAGCUGGUGAUCGAGUGUCAGUCGAACCUAGCUUCCGUCAGCGUGCGCAGCGACGCGGCGGUGGAUCUCCUGGACGUGCCUAGCCAGACGGUGGACGUAAUUCAGUCCAAGGCCAAGCAGUCGCAACAGGACCCCUUGCUCCUCACCUACCGGUUUCAGGAACAAACCAAGCGGUUUGCCAUCAACAUGCGCACAACGGAAGGACCGACCGGAAACAUCUCCUGUUUCGUGCUCCCGCAGGCGCAGCCGAAAAUCGCGCACUUGAUAAAUCUAAACGUCAAACCGCUGUCUCUUCACGAAAAGGUAUAAAUAUGGAAUAAAGUGCAAGUGGCCCGCCUCUAGUACUUCUAAUAGCGCCGCCUGAGUUGUCUGACCAGGAUAGUGGUAGUGCAUCAUACACAUUUACAUAUUAUAUUUCGGAAUGAUAUUUUUGAAAGCUCGACGAUCGAAACAAUCGCCAAAUUACUUAUAUUCAGGAAGUGAAAAAUUACUUUCUAUCUACUUGUCCAACCUCCUCGUCCAGGUUGCUGACAUCGAGGAGAAGUGUGCGAUGAACGAGCUGAGACUCUCGGGAAACUUUACGUUGAUGGAUAUGCAUCAUUGGAUGAGCCUCUGCCUGCCGGACGUGCCCGCUCGCCCCGCCAACCACGACUCGUGUUUGUACAACUACAAGAGUACGUUCUUGGGCACGUUGCUGCAGUGUCAAUACAGCAAGGGACAAGCGAAGUUCCGGUCCGAUUCCAUCACAACGAUAUCCGUUGUUCGCGACACCAUGAGCCGGGAGGCCACUGCGCGGAAAAUACAGCUCAGCAUUCAAGUGGACGUACUACCUGCAUUUCGGAUUUUUUUCUACAUUGUCUCUACAUUGGUGAACCGUGUUGCGUUCUUGCAUUUGAAGAAGACAUGAUGAACAAGAGGAUCCGAUCCAAAUGUGGUCUCGUGCAAAUGACGAGAGAAAAAUGCGAUCUGCAAGCACCACAUAAUUUAGACUUACAACCUUGUUAUGCUUAUGUUCAUCUAUAAUCACUCAUUCACGUACUUGUAGGCCAACCUCGAAUGAUGAAAAGUGCGAACGGGCGUUCUGAUGGUUUAAUGUCAGAUGCUGAUCGUUCAACUGUGUACAACUAAUCUUCUCGCUGAUUCACGCCGAAAUUUUGCUUAUGUACAUGUGCGCAAAUAAGAACUUCAUCUUCAUCGAAAGAAAGAAAUAGAAAAUUAAAAGAAAUCAAAGGUCUUGCAACUUCGAUCGGAAACAUUUUCAGGUAAAGGAGGAGUCCUUCCCCUAUGUGCUGUCAUUGAUCCAUCCGAAAUUGGCCUUUCAGCAGGCUCUGACGCGGCAGGUACAAUUUGUGGAGCCUUUGAAAGAGAUCCAGUUGCAGGAAACGGCCGGAGAGAAGCUGGAUUUUCUGGACCCGGAGCUGCAAGAAAUUCUCGCACACUCCGACCGAAUACAAAAACAAUUCGAGCUGCAACCUCAGAGAUUGAGUACAACUACUUUUUAUCAUGAUCCUCCUAGAGACAUCUCCAUGAUUUUUCGAUUGUGGUCAACAUAUCUUUUGACGUUGUCUCCGGUCCCUUUCUUUGGACAAAAGGAAAAGCUACGUACAAAUUUCUUGCACAAAAAAAAAAAACUGUGCAAUACAGGCUUUUUGCACGGUCUGAUCGUGUCACUGUAUACGCAUAUUUGGCGUAUGCGCGGGCACCAAGGGGUUCCCUCGCACAAAUUACGCGAGUUGCAGCACCUUCUCAUCAACUACCAGCUGGAAACGCUGCAACAAUUUUUCGAGGAGCCGGUGCAAUAGCGCUCCCAGGACGGUGCAGCCUGGAGCAUUUUUUUUUCUACGGUGCAAUGACCGGAACCGGACGGGACGUGCUUCGCUUCACCACCUUCUGGGGAAUUUUUUGUAUGGUUUUUUAAUUGAAGUGAGAAAGGAGAAGUGCGUCCUCCCUGCUCUCCUGGUUGUGUAUAUUUUCUUCCAGGUCGUGGUUGCACUACUGUGCAAUAAGGUACCGAGUCACGUAGCUAAAGGUAGAGCUAUCAAGUUCCAUUAAUAAGUCAAGGUCACAAAUAAUACACCACAGAUGAGGUGGAGGUCGAGGUGGAGGUCUUAUUCUUAAUUGUCACAAGUAUGCUGAAGCACAAACAGGCGCAAUUUUGCAAAAAUAGCAGAUGUCACGGGUACAUUAACUCCGCGUAGUACACAACUGAUUGAACAAGUUGCGGAAAAAGAAGCGCGGGCGUGUUUGUACAAUCAAUACCAACAAAUACGAG